AUGGAUACUCAAGAUCAGGAACCAGGAGAUACAAAUGGACCAAGGCACGAUCAGAUCGUUGAUCUAGGAUCCCAACCACCUGUGGGGUUGGUACGACCCAGAAACAAGGAGGGCUUAGGAAGAGAUACUGGAACUAAACAAGGACUGGAUGGACAAAGCAAGGAGAUGGAUCUCGAGGGGACAACAGUAGACAGGGGAAUGGAAUCUUGGACCUCUCAACUAGGAAGUGGAUCAAGUGAUAAAGAAAGAGGUAGAAAAGUUGGGAAGAUUAACAGAGGCAGUCCAGCUAGGAGACUCUCUAAUAGAAAGCAAGAUACUAGGGCACGUAGACAAAGUACUCUUGGUUUACAGUCCAAUGGGACUUCAAAAAAUGUGCGUACUCGUCAAGGGAUCUCUGAUGUGGGGGUCUGGAGAGGGUGUACAAAUUGGAAAUAG